AUGAAGCUCAACACUACGCCUCGCUUGCUGGAGCUUGUCCUCCGCUCCCUAGAAGAGAUCAUUAAGCCCGAGCUCCAAACACCGGCCGCACGGGAAACCUUAUCACACAUAAUUAUCACGAUUAUCGACUUGCUCAAACGUGUCGGUCCCACUAAAAGGCUGCUCUACGACUGCGUGCGCCAGGGCGAGGAGCUGUAUAAAGAGAUCCUGAGUGAGCUCGAUGAGAAGAAUCCCGCAGAGGUGCGAGAAGUCGGCGCCGAAUCCUUUGAUGCCCUCGCUGCGCAUCAUGAGGAACUCACCGAGCGACUGACCAAGGCCUGCGAGAAGCUUUGUAUGGUUCACCCGACAAGCCCGGAGUCACUGGCACUACAAGAACAAGCUGCCCACUGGGAAUUGUCGUACUAUAGAGCAUUGCCAUCAGAGCUCCCCAACAAUCUCCCCUCUAACAGCAACUCAAACGCUAAAAGCGACGUUCUCUCGAAAGAAGCUUUUGAGCAUUUCAUGAUUGCUGAGCGGGGCCCGAUCAAAGUCACCCGGUUCGAAGUGCUGCCGGGCGGCUUUGGGAAAGAGACGUACAUGGCGACUAUUUUGCACCCGGGCGGGAGGAUUGAAGAGCUUGUCAUCCGCAAGGAUAGCCGGCACCCCAUUCAGCAGCAUCGAACGUUUCAAUUAGAGCUCGAGUUCCACUUGGUCUCAGCUGUCCACAAGGCUGGUUUUCCAAGCCAGAAGCCUCUGGAACUGGCCCUCAAUUUCCCCGGGGUCGAACAGACGUUUUACACGAUGCCACGAAGUGCUGGUAAAGCACCGGGUACCUGGCUCGAUGGGCACAAGGAGAAAAUCUCUGAAAAUAUUCUGCUUGAGAUGGCUGAGUUACUCGCAAAGCUGCACUCCAUCCCUUUGCAACACUUCACCGAGUUUCUCGAAAAGUACGAUACCCUCGACACCAUGACAGAAACGGUGGAAGAUCGGUAUCGACGGAACUUGCAAGGGUGGAAAGAAUACGUGCGAGAGGUUGAGCAUCCGCCGUCACCCGUGCUGGUCUGGAUGUUUAGUUGGCUCGACCAGAACAUCCCGGGCGAUAAGCGCAAGCCUGUACUGACCCACGGAGACUACGCCGUCCAUAACAUGCUGGCAACCGAGGAUGACAAGAUUGUUACCGUGCUUGACUGGGACUGCGCCGACUUUGGCGCACCGGAGCAGGAUAUUGCAUACGUGCGGCCGCAUAUCGAACCGCACAUGAACUUCGACAAGUUUCUGACUCACUACCGUGCAUGCGGGGGCAGGGAACUUGACGAGGACCAUAUGGCGUUUUACGGGGUGUGGUCGACACUCCGACUCGUAAUGGGUGGGCUAAGGGGGGCUUUGAAUCUACAGGAAGGGCUUACCCAUGAUUUGAGAUACAUACAGGUAGAGCAAGGCUUUCAUAGUGGCCUUAUGGGCUUAGCUUUGGCUCACGCUUCCAAGAUGCGCACUGUGGAUGCCGUGCAGAGGUGA